GGAAUAACUGAGUUAUUUGCAUCUGCCCCGCUGUACAAGAGUGCACCCAGUAUUAUUGGCUACUGGAAAAUGAUUUUCAAAAAAGAAGGAAUACGGAUGAAUGGUCUUGACAAUUUGCGAAUUAAAGAAACAGUCAUCACUUCGACAAGUAUUACUACGCAAUGAUCAUUGUUACAACGUACCGGCCCAUACAACAUCUAAAUUUAAGAAAUGUCUUCUUUACACGGCACCAUCCAGGCUCUUCAAAAUAAAUUGUUCCUGUUAUGGUUUUUAUAUAAUAUAAUGUUAUGUAUAC